AGUGAGUUGGAAAAAGUAACAGAAUGGAGGGACAUGAGAAUGGUGGAAAGUUGGAAAUUGUGGCAAUAAUGAGUGUGCCACCACUAAAGGUGACUGAACCAAGGCGAGUUCGGAAAGUUUUGGUGAGUGAAGAGCACAGAAGAACCAUCGAGGGGUGCUACCAAACAGUGUUGUACUAUGAGAAGUUGAAGGAGGAAGAGCAUGGUUGGUCUUUGGCUGGUUGGAUUGUGGAGUCACUGGCAAUGGUUCUUUUGGAUUACCCUUUACUUGCUGGGCGUCUCCAAAGAAGAGAGGUUGGUGAUGAGACAGAAUUGGAAAUUGUGUCCAAUGAUUCUGGGAUUCGACUCUUGGAAGCUCGUUUCCCAACCAGCUUGCCAGAGUUUCUUGCUUUGAAUCAAAAGGAACAUCUUGAGGCUGAGCUUGUCUUUUGGAAGGAAAUUGAUGCCCACUCUCCUAAUUUCUCUCCCCUCUUUUAUGUUCAGGUGACAAACUUCGAAUGUGGAGGAUAUUCGAUUGGCAUUAGCUGCAGCGUCUUAUUGGCAGAGGCAUUGUUAGUGGAGAACUUUCUUGAGAAAUGGGCACAAAUACACAACAAAAUGUCAACCAAAAAUGAAGAAAUAAAGACACCCAUAUUUUACCAUCCUCGUCUUAAAACUCCCGAGUCUCUUCCAUCCGACAUAAUCACACGCACAAAAAGCAAAAACGGGGUUCAAAACAUGGUAUUCAAAAUCACUUUCGAGGAUGUCAAUUUCCAGAAGGAAUUGUGGAGGGAAUUGGCCAUGCUUUGUGUUGAGGACGCAGAAAAAAAGCUAAGCACCAACAUGGGUUCGGGUUUUUCUUUGGUCGUGAAAGAAUCAUCGGAUGUGAUAAAGGUAGAAAGUUGCUCCAAGAAUGGAUGGAGUGUGAAGGGAUUGAGACUCAAACACCAAAUCACUGGAACCACAUGGAACCAUUUUGGAGUUUAUGAGGUUGCAUUUACUGAAGGAAACAAACCCGUCCACGUGUCAUGCUGGAUUGGAUCAGUUGCUGAUGGACAUGUUAUGGCAGUUCCAUGCCUCAAGGAGAAUGCAUGUGGUGGUGUCAUUGUAGUUUCACCCCCUCCUUUUCAUUAGUAAUUCUAAAGCCUACAAUGCCUUUGAGUUCUAAUCAUGUUUUAACGCACCGGAGAUCGAGUCCCCAUUGUAUAAGGUUUAAUAAAUU